UAAUUAUCCAUUUCAGCUCUGUGAAAUAUGUCAAGGUUACCAACACUGUUUGAGUAAAAUAGCGACUAUUACCAUUUCUUUGAUGCAGUUUAGAGAUAUGAAGCUCUAUUUCCCAGUAAUAUUUACUUUACUGGUCUUGUCCUCCACAUAUGUGUACGCCGUACGAUCUGCGUCAAAGCACGCGAGCAAUUCGACCUCAGCACUGGACGAAAAAUUUGAAAAAGAUUUAGACGGAUCUGCUGUGAAGAGUCUCGGCUCGCCAUAUUUACGACUUCCCGUUUUCCAGCAUUCAAGAAAUCCCCUUUUGGACAAAAAGCAGUUCUCUCCGUUGCAUGGGUCAGGCCGUGAACAACUGCCCGAGGAGACGAAAAAAGUCCUCGUCCCGCGCACCGCAGUAACGUUACCUGAGGCCUCCCGCCGCCGCGGGCGAUCACAAGGAGUAACCGUCGUUUGUCAAAUGAAGAAAAUGAUCGUUAAAGUUCACAAACACAUUUUAGGCAUCGACGGCCUUCAUUCAGAGUUAAAACUGGGAACAUGCGACAUCAGCAAGACUACAAAACACUAUCAUGUGUUUAUUUACGACAUGGACAAGUGUGAAAGUAAGAGAAAGUUAAUAGACAACAGAGUAACAUAUUCCAACAUACUGCGCUACUCUCCAGUGACGGACCUGGGGCCAAUCCGCCGUGCCAUGCCUUUCUCAAUACCUGUUGAGUGUCACUUUAACAGGUAA